AUGCCGCCAUCCAGAACAUCAGGCGCCAUGCCUGACAUCCCCGCCUCGCGCCCAAAAUCACGAGUAAAACCAUUCGGAAGAUCCAAACCGAAAUCACGAGCGAGGACAGCUCAAGAAGACACUCCCGAGCCCGACAAAGAAUCCAACAAGACAAAUGCCUUCCUGAAGCUUCCUCUUGAGCUGAAGCUGCAAAUUGUGGAAUUCAUACCUACGCGUGAUAUCCCUAGUAUCCGCAUGAUCUCUGAGUCUUGGGCUGCUGCUGGCGCGCCAUCGAUAUUUCGGGAUGGCCUGACUAUUCGUCCCCAUCUGGAUGAUAUGGAUAGACUAUGUCAGGUCGUCACGAACCCAGAAGUUGCCAAAGGAAUUCGCUAUAUUGAAUUCUUUGCUGGGGAUGUGGAUAGACUUCAACUGGAAAAUGCUAUUGAGCGUCAAAAGCAGCGUUUGCUGUAUGCUACCGGAGGGCAAAUGUCCAAAGUAUGGAAGCAGGUCAAUGCUAUCUUUGACAAAGCCCGUGUCCAAAAGCACUGCAAGGCAGAAAUCCUGGACAAAUGUCUUCCACUGCUACCGAAUCUCGCAUCCUUGAAGAUCAAUUCUCUCAACUGUCCGCUCCGCGACAUAGAGAACCCAUUCUGUAUCGCCUGGGCUGAAAUGGAAUCGGAUUUUGACUUCGAAGAUGAUGAGGCGAGCCACUUUCUCGAUUCGCCAGUCUCAAUCCAAAGAUAUUCCGCUAUCCUCGCAUCGGCUAUCAAGUGUAAGUCAAUACAGAAGCUGGACCUCGAUUGCUUCCCAAUCGAUUAUUUCAGGACAGGUUUUGCAAGUGACUUCCCAGGACGUGAACUCCUCUCUGCUCUACAGCCAAGCCCCCAACUCAAGGAACGGCUGUCACAUAUUACAGACCUACGGAUCGCGGUCGUUGGAGUGGGCAAUUCCAUGUUGCCUUACAAUUCGCAAAUGGGCCGGAAAAUGGCACAGAUGCUGGGUUGCUUCCAGAACAUCACCUCCCUCGAUCUCUCUUACGAAGAAGCCGACGACGAUACAGACGAAUGCCUGUUAGGCUUCGAAGACACAUUCUACCGUCUUACAUACCCGCACUUACAUAGCCUCCGCAUCUCAGGAUGCGACUCCACAGAAGAAGACCUCGGCAAAUUCCUCGUCGCCCACAAACGCACUCUCCGGUACCUACACAUCGGCGAAGCAGGCUGUACGCCUCAAGAACGGACUUGGAAGGAUGUCCUGACUGACUUACGCGAUCACAUGUCCCUUGAGAAGUUCGAGCUGUAUGUUCCUGAAGCCGAAGGACGCAUCUAUGACGUUAAUUGGAAACCUGUGGUGUCUGAUGCUGGAAAAGGAAAGAUCAAGGAUGCCAAAUUGCUGGAGCUGUAUGUCCUUGGCAAAUGUCCAUGGCCGAUGGCGGAGGCGAGUCCGAGGGAUGAAGGGUGGAAAAGGAAGUUUGGGGCGGAGGAUAUGAUGUUGUUGGAUCUCGGGGAGGAUGAGCUAAGGGAUUUGCUGGGCGAGGAGUGGGAGACUGAUGGGAGUGGAGAUGAGGAUGAGGGCGCGGACGAGGACGAGGAUAUGGACUCUGAGGAGUCGUACGACAGUGAUGAAGAGUAUUUCAGUGUGGAUGAGGAAGUUUUGGGUCUUGACGAAGGAAACAUGAUUAUACCGGAUACUCCCGGGAUCGCGGACGGGAAUGGAGAGUGGGAGGAUAUGGAGGUUGAUAUUGAGGGGUAG